AUGUUUUAUCGAAAUUUAAAGAAUGUUACAAAGUCUAACACUAUGAAAUCUAGUGUUAGAUUUUUAACUAAAUCAAACUUAUCAAAAGCUACCAUGACAGCUUCUUCAUCAAGACCUACCCCAGCUCCAGCUUUUAAUCAACAACCUGAUAUUACUCCUAAAAAACAACCUGAAAGUAUUAUGGAUGAUUCUUUCAUCGGUUUAACUGGUGGUGAAAUUUUCCAUGAAAUGAUGUUAAGACAUAACGUUGAUACCAUAUUUGGAUAUGCUGGUGGUGCUAUCUUACCAGUAUUUGAUGCUAUUUAUAAUUCAGAUAAAUUCAAAUUCGUCUUACCAAGACAUGAACAAGGUGCUGGUCAUAUGGCUGAAGGUUAUGCUAAAGCUAGUGGUAAACCAGGGGUUAUUUUAGUUACUUCAGGUCCUGGUGCUACUAAUGUUAUAACACCUUUAGCUGAUGCUUUAAUGGAUGGAGUUCCUUUAGUUUGUUUCUCAGGUCAAGUUCCAACCACUGCUAUCGGUACUGAUGCUUUCCAAGAAGCUGAUGUUAUUGGUAUUUCAAGAUCUUGUACUAAAUGGAAUGUUAUGGUUAAAAACGUUUCUGAAUUACCAAGAAGAAUUAAUGAAGCUUUCGAAAUUGCUACCACCGGUAGACCAGGUCCAGUUUUGGUUGAUUUACCUAAAGAUGUUACUGCUUCUAUCUUAAGAGAAGCUAUCCCAAUCAAUACUACUUUACCAUCAAAUGCUUUAUCACAAAUGACCAAAAAAAUCGCCAAUGAUUUCACUAAUGAAGCUAUCAAAAGAUCAGCUAAAUUAUUGAAUAAAGCUAAAAAACCAGUUUUAUAUGUUGGUGCUGGUAUCUUAAACCACCCAGAUGGUCCAAAAUUAAUUCAAGAAUUAAGUGAUAAAGCCAUUAUCCCUGUCACUACUACUAUUCAAGGUUUAGGAGGUUUCAAUCAAAAUGAUCCAAAAUCUUUAGAUAUGUUAGGUAUGCAUGGUAAUGCUGCUGCUAACACUGCUAUUCAAAAUGCUGAUUUAAUUCUUGCUUUAGGUGCUAGAUUUGAUGACAGAGUUACUUUAAAUAUUAAUAAAUUUGCUCCAGAAGCUAAAUUAGCUGCUCAAGAAAAUAGAGGUGGUAUCAUCCAUUUCGAAAUUAGUCCUAAAAAUAUUAAUAAAGUUGUUGAAGCUACUGAAGCUGUUGAAGGUGAUGUUACUGCUAACUUGAAAAAAUUCUUACCUUUAAUCAAUGAAGUUAAAGAUAGAUCUGAUUGGAUGAAUAAAAUCUUUGAAUGGAAAGAUAAAUACCCUUACAAUUAUAUGAAAGAAACUGAAGGUUCAAAGAUAAAACCACAAACUUUAAUAAAAGAAAUUUCAAAACAAUCUUCAACUUAUGGUAAAGAUGUUCUUAUCACUACUGGUGUUGGUCAACAUCAAAUGUGGGCUGCUCAAUAUUUCACUUGGACCAAACCAAGAACUAUGAUUACUUCAGGUGGUUUAGGUACUAUGGGUUUUGGUUUACCUGCUGCUAUUGGUGCUCAAAUUGCUAAACCAGAUGCUAUUGUCAUUGAUAUCGAUGGUGAUGCUUCAUUUAACAUGACUUUGACUGAAUUAUCAUCAGCUGUUCAAGCUGGUGCUCCAGUUAAAGUAUUAGUUUUAAAUAACGAAGAACAAGGUAUGGUUACUCAAUGGCAAUCAUUAUUCUACGAACACAGAUAUGCUCAUACUCAUCAAUCUAAUCCAGAUUUCAUGAAAUUAGCUGAAGCUAUGGGUGUUGAAGGUAUCAGAAUCUCCAAACCAAGUGAAAUGGAAGAAGGAGUUAAAAAAUUCUUAGAUUGUAAAGGACCAGUUUUAAUGGAAGCUCUUGUUGAAAAGAAAGUUCCUGUUUUACCAAUGGUUCCAGCCGGUAAAGGUUUAGACGAAUUCAUCGUUUACGAUGAAGAAGUUGAAAGACAAGAAAAAGAAUUAAGAAACCAAAGAACUGGUGGUAAACAUUAG